AUGGUGCUAACCCUGUUACUCUUUCUGGAUAACUUCUCUGUCUACGAUAGCCUGGCUUCUGAUAGUUUGUGGUGGCCCCUACAUUCUUCUGGGAUUUUCACUGUCAAAUCUUUUUAUUCUGCCCUGACCUCUGGGGGUAUCAAAUCUGCUCUAUACAACUUCAUCUGGAUAUCCCCGAUCCCUCUUAAAACUAAGGUCUUCUUUUGGAUUGCUAGUAAGCAGAGGCUUAACACCAGGGCAAACUUGGUCUCUAAAGGAUGGAAUGGUGACCCUCGAUGUCCAUUUUGUUCUUCAUGUCUUGAGGAUAUGGACCACCUUUUCAUUAAAUGCCCUUUUGCUUCAUCAGUUUGGGCCGCCCUCCUUCCUAACAGUAACCCAGUCUCUCGGUACCAUCAUUUUGACGACCUGAUCCUCCUUAAUGAUUAUCAAGGAAUCUCUUUUGAUAUUAGGAAAGUGUGGAAAGUGCUUCUUCCUUGUUGCUGCUGGUGGAUAUGGAACUGUCGUAAUCAUCUUAUUUUUAGAGAUAUUAUGCCUAACCCUAAUAAGCUUGCAGCUAAUAUAGCGAGAUACACCCUACUAUGGACAGGUGCGGAGGAAGAUCGGAUGGCAAGAAGAAUCCACAAAGCAGCCAUCAAACUCAAGUUCGACGAAAUAGCUAAAAAGAGAGCUGAAAAUGAUGUUGGAGACAACUUCCAGUAA